AUGCCCACAGAAGCAGAGGAAGUGGCGGAAGACUAUCGUCUAGCCUUGGAGGAUUUGAGCACCAAUGCUCGCUUUGAAAUUAGCAACUUGACCGUGAUUGCCCGAGAGAAUACCGAGCAUGCUCUAGCCAUUGCUCAAACACUGGAGCAGCAUAUCUUGAAGACUGCCCCCAACAAGAAGCUGCCAGCAUUAUACGUGCUAGACUCCAUCGUCAAAAAUGUUGGCACCCCAUACACGCUGUAUCUGGGUCGCAAUCUGUUCAAGACCUUUAUGGAAUCAUACACUGUUGUCGAUAAUCCGACACGAAGGCGGCUGGAGGAGAUGCUCAAGACAUGGACUCAGCCUGUUGCCGGCUCGUUGGACACGCGCCCAGUCUUCUCGCCUGACCUUGUCCGACCGAUAGAGAACGCUCUCAUGAAGGCGAAAGCUGCAAUGAUGCCCCAGACGCAGUUGCCAGGUCGACCAAGAUCUGCCAUGCCGCCCUUUCGAAACACACCUACACCACCAGGAGCACGAAACGGUGGAGCGCCUACUCAACACAACCAAGCGCCACAGCAGUUCCCUCACGGGUUGCCGCCAAACGGCCAAGCACACCAUUACGGCCAGCCGAAUGCAUACCCUCAGCAAAACGCCCAAGCCUACCCCUAUCAACAAGGCAUGCCUUAUGGGCAGAAUGGGACGCACAUGCCGCCAACACCGGGUGGUGUGGACGUAGAAGCCUUGAGCAAAAAUAUUGCAGAUCUAAUCGCUGCGACGAGAUUGGAAGCCGCGCAGAAACCAUAUGAUGGUGGUGUGACGGCGAGGCUGAAUGCCCUGCUGGAUCUACAACGAAUAAUCCAGAGCACUGCGUUACCGCAGGACCAGCUGGCAGCCAUUAAGACCCAAGUAACAGACCUUGCUGCCGUGACUUUGAGACCAGCAUCAGCUCAAAACCAUGCACCCGCCUAUGCUCCUCCAGCCCAGGUUCACCAGCCCGCGCCACCUGUCCCCUCGAGUUCUGUAGCUCCUCCUCAGGCUGCCCAAGGGACAUUAAGUCUGGACACUCUGUUGGGACCUGGAGCACUGGCCACACUCAUGGCACGACAGUCCUCACAGAGCUCUACUCCAAACCCAACACCUAAUCCUGCGAUCAAGUCGCCGCAGCCACCUAUUGUUACGCCUCAUGCAGCGCCGCAGCCAGCAGUGCCGGAACAGAAACCGGGGCUAUCCUUGCUCGACCAGCUCCGACAAGCCGGCAUACUCUCCUCAACUCCCCAAGCCAACCCAAGUAGCGCCCCGGGGCCGUCCCCUGCGACUCCUACGCAGAUGCCAUCGAUCUCGGCCAGUCUUGCGAGCAUACUAGCGGCACAGAAGGCUGGUGGCUUGUCAGCGCCCCAGCCCGGGUCUCACCGUGGCUUAGAUACUGCGUCGUUGAAGCAACCAAAGAAGAAGACAGCACACAUGGACUGGCACUUCCGUGUACAUCAACGCGCCAACGAGGCUGAGAAGCGCGGGACGCACCGCAGUUGGUAUCUGGAUGCUCAGGAUUGGCUCAAGAAUCGCGAGGAGAUUGACACGGACAACCACGCCACCUCACCCUCUGCCGACGCCCAGGCGACCGCUGCUGCCGCCGAAGCCGCCAAGCCCAAGUAUAUCAAGGCGCCGGACGCGAACAGCGGCAUCAACAGUGUUUGCCCCAUCUGUCAAGACCGGUUUGAGAACAAGUGGUUCGACCAGGCGCAGGAUUGGGUAUGGCUCGAUGCCGUGCUCGUGGGUGGACGGGCGUACCAUGCGUCCUGCCAUGCUGAAGCAACGAGGGACAGAGAAGGGAGUGCGCCACCGCCGGCGACAGGCUCGGCAGGCUCACGACGAAUAUGCCCGCCAGUCAUGCCGGUUGAAUGUCCCAUCUGCUCGAAAGCGGUCAAACCGCACCAGAUCAACCCGCACAUCGACUCCAACUGCCAGUCGUACCUCGCCGGCGAUCCUUCGCCUCCACCACCACCGCCUCCCCAGACACAGACACCCAGCGCAACCGCACCAGCCAGCUCCGCGCAGAAGAGGAAGGCUGCUGAUUUCUUCAGCACGCCGGCUACAAAACGGCAGAAUGGCGUGGAAGGGAGGGCCAUGACACCUCUGGUGGUGAAUGGUGGGAAGAAACAAACGGCCCAGCCAGAGGCUCCUUCAAUACAGGACAGCGACGAACGAAGCGGCAAGCGCACCAAGACUCGAAAGGCCGCUCCACUGGCAGAACGAAUGCGUCCCAAGAACCUCGAUCAAGUCUGCGGUCAAGAGCUUGUCGGUCCGAACGGCGUGCUGCGCUCAUUAAUCGAAUCGAAUAAUGUUCCCUCCAUGAUCCUCUGGGGCGCAUCAGGCACGGGCAAGACAACGAUUGCGCGAUGUAUUGCCAAGGUUGCCGGCAGCCGUUUCAUCGAGAUGAACGCGACAAGCACUGGUGUAGCUGAGUGCAAAAAGAUCUUCAGCGAGGCUGGAAACGAUCUCCUCAUGACGGGAAGGAAGACGAUCAUCUUUUGCGACGAAAUACACAGGUUCAACAAGGCACAGCAGGACGUCUUUCUCAAACCCGUUGAGGCAGGAACCGUCACCCUGAUCGGCGCAACGACAGAAAACCCGUCGUUCAAAGUUGCCAACGCACUACUAUCGCGAUGUCGAACAUUCACGUUGAAAUCCCUAGAAACGGAGGAUAUCGUCGGCAUACUGCGCCGCGCGCUGAAAGAGGAAGAGGAGACAUAUCCCCCAACGGACCUCGUGGACGAGGAGAUGAUUACCUACUUGGCACGAUUUUCUGAUGGCGACGCGCGGACAGCUCUAAAUCUUCUCGAGCUAGCGCUAUCACUGACAACUUCACGGGAGGGCAUUACGAAGGAGGACAUCAAGACAUCACUCACAAAGACAUUGGUCUAUGACCGCGCCGGCGACCAACAUUAUGACAACAUCUCUGCGUUCCACAAAUCUGUCCGAGGUUCUGACGCGGACGCUGCAUUGUAUUAUCUGGCACGCAUGCUCCAAUCCGGCGAAGAUCCCCUCUUCGUCGCCAGGAGGAUGGUCGUCAUCGCGUCAGAAGACGUCGGUCUUGCAGAUAAUACACUGCUGCCACUCGCAACGGCGGCGUAUACCGCGACUCAACAAAUCGGCAUGCCCGAGGCUCGCAUCCCGCUUGCACACUGCGCGGUAGCACUAUGCGCCGCCAAGAAAAGUACGAGAGCAUAUCGCGGCUUGAACAACGCAUACUCUGCGCUCAGAGAGCCAGGUGUGGCGAGCCUCCCGGUGCCGCUGCAUCUGAGAAAUGCACCGACCAGGCUGAUGCGGGAAAUGGGGCAUGGUGCAGAGUACAAGUAUCCGCCCAACUACAGAGACGGGCGGGUGAAACAGACCUAUCUGCCUGAGGAUCUGUUAGGGCGGCGGUUCCUUGAGGAAAGGGAUCUGGGGACAGAAGUGGACCCUGACUGGGAGAUGAUGGAUGUCUAA